AUGUUGCUCAAUCGUUAUUGUUUGGCCGUUGGCGCGGUUUUCUGUGGUUUCAUAUCACAAGUUGCAGUCGCGCUUGACUGCCCGCGCGGUGGGAUUUCGAACACGACUGCUGUUAGAAAAACCUAUCCCGUUCCACCAAUAACAAUCUACCCCCUCGUCGGUGACUUCUUCAAUACCAAAUGGUCCACCAUCUUCAGCUUCGACUACCGCGGAGUCACCCAUCCUCCCACUCCUGCAAACUCUUCGGCCCUCGCGGCACCCAAUGCCACCAGAACAAUCAUCUGGGACGGUUACCAGUUCAAAGAACAAUUGAUCUUCAUCAAUGACUCAGCACCAAUACAAAUGUUCAAUCUAAGAUGGAAUCUGACAAACCCACCAGUUACAAGGGAAUACGUUACCCUCAUCGUCGAUGGAUACAUCCAGGACUUCAAAUUCACCGCUGCGUGUGAAGGAGAAGCGGCAUUGUUGGAGUGGACGGUUGAGUACUGUUCGAAUGAUCAGGCUCGAGGCUGGGAUCUAUUCCAGAAUAAAACAUUGUACGAGGCAGAUAAUUUGGCAAAGGCUCUGAAUGUUACCGGUGCAGAUGAUGGAACUUGGGACGUCGGUUGCGCGUUACCGACACCUGAUCCUACUACAUCGAUUACUAGUUCGGCUUUGGAAACCGAGACUGGCAUACCGGCCACGACGUCGACGAGGAGGACGACUACGAGUUCACCUAAUGUGGCUAUGGCGACCGCGAUGCCGGCCUUUGGAGGAGCAUUGGCCUUUGCUGUUGCUGCGGUUGCAGCUGCUUUGUAG